CGCACUAAAAAUAAAACAAAACACCAUCGGAAUAUUUCAGGAAAUGUCAAACUGACAAUCAACAAUUGACUCGUAUUAGAACUGUUUUUUCAGUUGUGAUGAAUCAUCAAUGAUAAAUAAAUCAGUUAAGUGUGAAAAAGACAGUUAAGAGAACAAGAAACAGUUCCAGAACGCCUGAUUAUCUGCAAAAAUGUCGCUGUACCCCAGCCUCGAGGACAUGAAAAUCGACCAAUUGUCAAAGGCCCAAAACGCGGCCUUGACUGGUCCGACAGCCCCCCAGAACCCGUCUCACAUCACCGCUUAUCCGUCCUUGGGCGACUUCAUGGGGCUUGAAUUGACCGAAGCUGUCAUUAAGGAGAACAUGCCGGAGUACCUCCAAGUUGCGCUGCCCCAAUCUUCACAAGUCUCGGUGGGGGCCACUAGUAUGAUAGCCCCCUUGUCGGGCCAGUCGCUAGGGCUGCACCGCGCGCAAGUCACCCACGGCGUGCGCCAACUCACCCUCUGCAAGGACAAAGACGGCAAAGUGGGGCUCCGGGUCAAGCCGAUAAACAACGGGGUUUUCGUCUGUCUUGUCGUUGACAACUCGCCGGCGGCUCUGGCGGGGCUGCGCUUCGGGGACCAGAUUCUCCAAGUAAAUGGGGUCAACGUCGCCGGUUUCACAAUGGACAAAGUCCACGAAAUGUUCAAGAAAAGUCCCGUUAAUGGGAUUAACCUCGUUGUGAGAGACCGGCCCUUUGAACGCACCCUCACUUUGCAUAAAGACAGUGCGGGAACUGUCGGUUUUCAGUUCAAGAACGGAAAAAUUACGACAAUUGUGAAGGACUCGUCGGCGGCGAGAAAUGGGGUUUUGACCGAGCACCAACUCUUGGAAGUCGAGGGGCAGAAUGUGGUGGGGUUGAAGGACAAGCAAAUCAGUAAACUGAUCGAGGAGGCCGGGGAGGUGGUUACGAUUACGGUUGUACCCAACUUUAUCUACGACCACAUGGUCAAGAAGAUGGCUGGUUCUCUGUUGAAAGACUUGAUGGACCACUCAAUCCCCAACCUUUAAAAAAAUGAUUGGCUACUCUUAAGCAUAUUUUAUCUCAUUAUAUCAUGUUAUUUUUAUUUUAUUGUUACAUAAGUGCAAUAAUUACACGUUUGAAUGAGUUGCACUGCCGUGUUAAGCACUAGAAUGUUUUUAUAUUGUUUAUUAAUUACCCGGUAAUGACUAAGCUGUUGCAUGCAUGUAUUCUAUAAUCACUCAUACAUUACCAAAGAAUGUCGGAUUUGUGAUUGAGUCUGUGCCAGAAGUGUAAAAACGUUAGUUUUAUAUCAACAAAUAAAUCAAAUAAAAUAUUUAGCGCAA